CCGCGGGAGGCGGCGGCGCGGAGGCUCCGAGGUGCCCGGCCCUCUCGGGGCUGCGCGGGGCCGGGGUGGCGGCGGUGACAGGAGCCGGAGGAGGAGAAAGGAGGCGGCUGUGCAGCCGGCCCACGCACGCCGGAGGGGACAUGGACGGCGAUCGGACCGAGAGCGACUGGCAGGGGCUGGUGAGCGAGUACCUGGUGUGUAAACGGAAGCUGGAGAGCAAGAAGGAGGCUCUGCUGAUCCUCUCUAAGGAGCUGGACACCUGCCAGCAGGAGAGGGACCAGUACAAGCUCAUGGCCAAUCAGCUGCGAGAACGACAUCAGUCUUUGAAGAAGAAGUAUCGAGAGUUGAUUGAUGGAGAUCCAUCACUUCCCCCUGAAAAGAGGAAGCAGGCUAAUCUUGCGCAGCUGUUGAGAGAAUCGCAGGACAGGAAUAAACAUCUGGGAGAAGAGAUUAAAGAACUUCGGCAGAGGCUUGGCGAGGUCCAGGGUGACAAUAAGCUGUUGAGGAUGACAAUUGCGAAACAAAGGCUCGGAGAUGAAGAAAUUGGCAUGAGGCACUUUGCAGCCCAUGAGAGGGAAGACUUGGUUGAGCAGCUGGAGCGAGCUAAGGAACAGAUAGAGUCAUUAGAGCAUGACCUACAGGCCUCAGUGGAUGAACUCCAGGAUGUUAAGGAAGAACGGGCUUCCUACCAAGACAAAGUGGACAGGCUGAACCAGGAGCUCAACCACAUCCUGGGUGGUCACGAGAACCGUAUUAUUGAUGUGGAUGCUCUGUGCAUGGAAAACAGAUAUCUCCAGGAGAGACUGAAACAACUCCAUGAGGAGGUCAGCCUUUUGAAAUCGAACAUCGCCAAGUACAAGAAUGCUCUCGAGAGACGGAAAAACUCCAAAAGCCAAGGCAAAUCCAACAGUAGUGCCCUGACUGGGGUCUUGUCUGCGAAGCAAGUUCAGGAUCUGCUCUCUGAAGACCAUGGGUGCAGCCUCCCAGCUACUCCUCAGUCCAUAGCUGACCUGAAGUCUUUGGCUACUGCCCUGCUGGAGACGAUCCAUGAGAAAAACAUGGUCAUUCAGCAUCAGAGGCAAACCAACAGAAUCCUAGGGAAUCGAGUGGCAGAGCUAGAGAAGAAACUAAGGACUCUGGAAGUUUCCGGUUUGUGGAGUCUUCCAGGCCUGAGCUACAAUGUUUCAGUCGGAUUCGGGAGGGGCAAGGACACCAUACUGCUCAGUGACCAGACUCUCCCCACCAUGCAGAGGUCAAAGUCUCCACUGCUGAAGUUUGUGGAACAGCCCACUGAGAACAAGGAGGGCGCCAGGGAUGGGGAGAUUCAGAAGCAGGAAGGAGAUGAAAGCUGUAUAGCUGCUGAGGUGCUGACUAUGCCUGAGGAUGCUGGAAAGCCUUCUGUCAGCUCCCCAGUCCCCCUGAGCAACGUGAACCAGCCCUUGGACUUUCAUCAUUCUCCGGUACCCCAGACACCUUCAGAAGAAGUAAACAUGGUGGGGAGGGAGAGCAUUCAAUUGGCUGAUAGUCAGGAGGCUGCAGACCUGGAGGAGGUCCCAAGGAAGGCUCCCACGGAGAAACAGAGAUGUGAGCCAGGGCUGUCCCCAUCUAGCCUGGCCUCCCAGGAGGAAUACACCACAACUCUCCAGGACCACUUGCCUUCCAUGCAGCCAGAGGUCAAAGCAUCCAGUGUGGGAGGUGACAGAGGCAUCUCAGAGGGUGAAGACACAAGAAGCACUGUGCAAACAUGAGGGGGAGAGAGACUGACAGGGUGACACACCGAAGGCACCAGGGACAGCAAGGAAAGGCUGAGGCCUCGGAACGGUUGUCCAAGUCACUUUCUGCUAAACACCUUCCUGUCUGCAAAUGAGAAAACGCUCUGAUCCUGCUACAAGCUGGGAACACCCAAUGGUGCCAGCUCUAUCUGAUUUAUUAAAGCUGGUCUGUGAGUUUCUCGGUGUCACCCCUGUCUGCUGAAGACGUGCUGCUGUGAACAUGGCCGGGCGCAGGAAUCGUGGUUGCCAUAUGGCUGCCUUUCCACAUCCCUCUUCCUGUCAGCAUUUGUUUUAUUAGAGAGAAGAUGUUUUUCUAUUAGCAUUUAAUGUUGUCCAUCAAGAUGAUGGGACAAGCUAGGAAAGCAAGGGUGUUUUUUCCCUGGGUCUCAGUCUUGGGAAUAGCUAGAUGGCUGGGAGGAAAGAUGUAAUUGAAUGAAAUGUGUUCAUGAGGCCAUGCCUGCACUUUGUCAUCUCAGAGGAUCCCCCAGCAAUGGGGAGUCUUGGCACCCAGUGUUUCACAGUGGCAGGUGGGAGGGACACGAGCAGGCUGGGAAAAUUAGGCUGCAGGUAGGAGAGGUUGUUUGCUGACUGAGUGCAGAUCUGAGUGUUCUAGCCUAGGUCUGGAAGUUUCGCUGGUCCGGAGGGAUGGGUAAAAAGUGGCUGCCAGGAGUAGGGGACAUUUUAGUGGUAAUCUGAUUUUUUUUGUUAUUGUUAUUUAAAUGACAUUAGAAGUACUAGCUGUCUUUAUCCAACCCAAGCUACAUAUAGGAUGGUGUGGUUAUCUGGGAUUUGGGAAAAGCUUAGUGUUAUCCCAGUUUCUUAUACCACUGAAGAAUCCUAAAUCAUCAACUCCAUUGACAGAAUUUUGCAUAUAGGCCCCCAGGGGCCAGAAUUGAUCUCAGAAACUCCAGCUAGAAAGAGAAGCUCAGAGGCAAAAUGUGUUCCUAUUCAUCCUAAAACUGUCUGUAACCUGGGACUGGGGACAAGGAUACACCUUCUGAUUAGAGCCUCAAUGUCCUGUAUAUCCUUCUGUAUUUCAGUUUGACCCCUGCCCCUGAAGGCCAGCCCUCUAGGGAAGGAGGCCCCAAGGCUGCAAGUUUACAUAGGCCAAUAGACCUGAAGGUGCCUUUAUUGCUGGAUAGGGGCCACAGCUGGUUUUCAGGUGCACAUGGUCAGUAUUGCUACAUAUGACACCAGAAAGGCUAAGGGAAAUCCAGCCAGAUGUGACUCUCAUCUCUCAGAAGCUCUGGUUUGAACACACAUACAACAGGUACACUUCUUGGGGGCUUUUCAUCACUUUCAGGUGAGUGGGUUUAUAGAAAACUCUAGCACAGUCUAGUAGGGCAAGAAACUGCAGAAGCCCCAGGGUCUGUGCUUUAGGGAGCCAGGAUAAUAGGGGUUCAUAGCUUGAGCUCAAUGUAUACAGACAGCACAGGAGGCACCUGUGUUAUUAGAUGGAAUGAGCCUUUAAGCUGAUGUUGAGAUACAUAUAUA